AUGCCUGCCAACAACACCAAGAAACCUGUUACCAAGCAGCCCGCUAACAAGCAGUCCCGCGAGGACCCAGACUGGAAGAUGCUCUACAACCGCAAGGAUCGACCCUUCUCCUUCGACCCUGACUUCGACUUCGAGGACGAACCCUGGGAUCUGUGCGAGAUCCCUCUCAGCAAGGAGGAGAAAGAGAACGCUACUGAGGAGGGCAUCGCUAAGCGAAAGAAGGCUGAAGCCAAGAAGACCAGCGUCCGGGAGGAGGAUCGUAUGGACUACCCUAUCGAGGGCUACUUCCUGAAGAUGAAGGAUGGUGUUUACUACCCUGACAUGAAGAUUGAGGAGUAG